UCGAUUGUUUUUCUCGUGUAUGAAAAAUCUCACGGCGGAGAUAAUCCAUCUCCAACCGCCAUAAUGCCGACAAUUCCUUCACCUUUACCGCCACAAGAACAUUACGUGACACCACCUCUCACAGUGAUCUUCACCGUAGUCUUUCUAAUAUUCAUCUUUGUCGGUUUCUUCACUCUCUAUUUCUGCAAGUGUAUUCUCGACACCAUAAUGCAAGCCUGGCAUAUACAUCACAGUGGAGAAACAGAAGCAACCGACAAUCCCCUCCAGCCACCUGAAGCUCCUCUGGUCAAUCCUGGCCUAGACCUUAGAAUCAUAAAUUCUUUUCCUACUUUUCCUUAUUUCUCGGUUAAAGAUCUCCGGGAAGAGAAGUAUGGCCUCGAAUGUGCCAUUUGUCUACUUGAAUUUGACGAAGAUCACGUGCUACGUCUCUUGACAACUUGCUACCAUGUGUUUCACCAAGAAUGCAUCGAUCUUUGGUUCGAAUCUCACAAAACUUGUCCUGUUUGUCGCCACGAUCUUGAUCCCCCUCCUCCCCCGGAAAACACCAGCAAUGUUCUAUCUAACGUCGAUGAGAUGAUCAUCAAUGUAAUUCAAGAAACCAGCUACGACGAUGGCGAUCAACAUCAUCAUCAUCAGACCACAACACCAAUAGAUACUGGGACGUCUUCAGGACAAAGCAGUUGCGUUAACAACGAAAUAUCGAGAAAAGAACAAACAUUGCCAGAAACAUUCUCGAGAUCGCAUUCUACGGGACAUUCAAUAGUGAGAAACAAACCAGAGGAAGAAGAUAAGUAUACAUUAAGAUUACCAGAGCAUGUCAAGAUUAAGGUUACAAGAGGACAUAGCCAAACAAAGAGUUGUGUGACUUUUGCAGAACUUGCUAGAAGAAGUUAUGAUCAUCGUAGGUUUGGUGAAGUCUCCAAUCAAACGGUUGCUACACACUCGGGAGAGUAAAAGAACUUAAGAAAUUAUCAAAACCUUUUGUUUCUUGACAAAAUAGUUCUUUUAUUUUCUUCUUGUUGUAUUGAUUAAAUACUUCUUUUAGGUAGAACAUAAACUUGAGAUGCUUUAGUGUUUUUAGUGAUUUAUUAAAAAAUCUUUUCAGAGUUUCAAUAAUCAGAACAGACAAGUUUAUAGUGUAAAUGCUAAAACAAACUUGAGUGAUUAUUGAACCUAGAGAAGAAAGCUAAAAUAUAAUAAAAUAAAAUAAAAUUAGAGUUACAACAUUGAUCAAAUGACAUAUAUUGGGGGUGAUUGGUUGGGCUGUAGAAAGUGACUUUAGCUUUAAUUUUCAUCUACAACCUUAAAUACUACCAAUCAUGCUUUAUCUUGGUUUUUAAAGCUACAACCAAAAAAUUAAAACUACAGCAAAAACACACAAAAAAUGGCUGUAAACAUCUUAUUUUCUAAAGCCCCAUUUUUUUAGCUGUAAGAAAUUUUAAAGCUACAUCAUUUAAAGCUAAAUCAAAAAUCCUACAGACAAAAUAUUAAAGUAAAUUUUCUACAAUUACAACCCAACCAAUCACCUCCAUUGUAAAACUCACGUCUGAACAUAUACUGUAGAUUUUUUAUGCAUUUUAUACUCUUUCGGAUAUUUUUUGCCCCCAUAGUGAGCUUUCGAUAGGGCAAAACCAUCAUUGAUAUGUAUUAGUACCAUAGUAUGAUUAGUAUCUUUGGUCGAAAUAAUCUCUCUGUCCGUAAAAAGUGUUGAUUAAUAAAAUGUAUAGUAAAAAUAUCUAAAUGUAAACACUCUUUCUUCAGAAUUUUAGCUCUCCCCUUCGGACCCAAAAAGAGAACAACCGUGUGACGAAGCCCUAGCUCCGGUCGCCGCUCAACGGCACCGGAGGCGUAACUCUCCUCUCCUCUAUCUCUCCUUUUCCUUUGCCCUCAUCCCCUCUGUUAUAAACCUAGUUCGAUAUGUGCGGUUCUGUGAGCUGUUGAGACCCUUACCGGAGAUCCUCUGUGGUUGAUGGAGGCGGUUAUUGACUUCUUUUGGAGAGUCGGCGAGAACCAGGAGGCAGUCGGAGGCGAGGGUCGGCGUUUAGAACCUAGGGUUCUGUCAAGAUCAGAUUUUCCCUUUUGUAGAUCUUCGAUGGAGCCCCCUCGAUGACGGCGCGUGACAUUGGCGAGACAUCUCCUAGAUACCAGAUCUACCUUCCCCUGUGACGGUGAGAUGGCUGGAGAAGUAGUGUAAUGGGCGACGAAAAGAUGCGUUGGUUCUUCGGUGUACGAAGACGUUGCACUUCAAGGAAUCACGGCGAUGACGUUGUGAAACACGGCGGUACGGUCUCUGCAAUUCUUGUAGUCAUGAGCUGAAAUGCCUGUCUUGUUGUAGUUGUCAAGGUUCGUUUUUUAAUUCGGUCUGUGUGCUUGGCUUGGGUUUUGACCGAACUCACCUGUGGUGUUGACAUUGUUGGUACACGAGCUGUCUGUGUCUUAUGAGGAGACCAACAAUUGGAGAAGAUAUGUUAAUCGGUUAGUUGUGGCCUGUAUUUAGUCAGUGUGUAUCUAGAGAGUUUCGUGGUUUUCUUUAUGCCAGAGUGUGGUGUGAGUUUUUAAGGCCUGGUGAGAAUGGAUUUAGCAGAUUUUACUUCGUAUGGUGGCGGUUUCAGUGGUCGUUUGCAGAUUCAGUUCUUCUUCCGUAUGUCUGGAGGGGUCCGUUUGGCAAGGCUUCAUUUUGUUGAGAGUGUGUUUGGGCUUCUAUCAAGGAGUAAGUGGACGCUGGGUGCGUCGAAUCAGUAUCUGAAGGUGUGUGAAUCGUGUAGCGGUUCUUCCUGUCGGGUUAUGAAGUUGUAGGGUCUUGGUUCUUGGACGUUAUCGUGUGGCGGGCAUGAGCAGCAACGAUAAGUCGUGGUGUCUUAGGUGCAGGAGGUCGAGAUUCUCGUGUGGCGGGCUAUGGGCAGCAGCGACUAUUUCCGAUCAUUGGCCUCUACUAAGUCUUAAAAUUUGCUAAGUUAAUUCUCUUAUGGCUCUUGGGCAGUUGGUAGUCUGUUAUAGAUUAAGUUUCGGUUUGGAUCCUUUUGUUUUGUUUGCCGUAAGUUGCCCCGGUGUGGGUUCUAGUUGCCGUCUUCAUGUGGGCUUUUGUGUCUGGAGAUUGUUCAUGCAUCCGCCGGUUUAUGUAUUGAAUCAUGUAUGUUUCUUUUGAA